AUGCACAUUCGUCCUGAAGCGCUCCCACACGGCGAGGACGGCCUCAUGUUUGUCUCAGAGCUUGGGGAGCCACAGCCGCCCCCGCCCCACGCGGCAAGUCCAGGCCCCUUGGAUGACGUCUUCGGCGGCGACGACGACGAGCGAGAUGAGCCUCUCGCGGACCGGCAGCCCCAAAGCCACCCCUCGGACAUGCGCCGGCUCCAGGCGGAGCACUCGACGGCGGGGUACCGCGACGGCGUCACCGCCGCCAAGGCCGCCAGCGUACAGGCCGGCUUCGACGAGGGGUUCGGCCUCGGCGCCGCGCUAGGCCUGAGGGCCGGCGAGCUGCUGGGCGUGCUCGAGGGGCUGGCCGCGGCUACGUCUUCCCCCGGUGCUGGAGGCUACAGCGGCCACGCCGCGAGGCUCGGCGGGCUGCUCGACGCCGCGAGGGACGAGCUGUCGCCCCGGGCCAUCUUCGGGAGCACGUACUGGGCGCCCGACGGCACGUGGGUCUAUCCCGUCGCGGCCGUGGCCGCUGCCGAGGACGGCGGCGGCGGGGACCACGAAGACGUCCUGUUCGAGGACGUGGUCGAGGCGCACCCCCUCGUGGCGAAGUGGAGGGCCGUCGUGCAGGAGGAGAUGGAGCGCUGGGGGAUCGACAAGGGCGCCCUGUUCCGCUACGAGGCCAACACGGGCGACGGUGGGGGCGACGGCGACGACAGUGCUGCCGCCGGAGACAGGACUGCAAAAGCCCAUGCACAGAUUCCCAAGACGCCGUCAACGACGGCGCUGCCAAAGAUGGCGGGCGCGUUACAGUGGUGA